AUGGCAGACGACAAGAAGACCAAUGAUUACACUGUCGAGAUGGACAAGUUGGACCAGGGCAGUAAGAACUUUGAAGCACCAUUGCCACCUGUCCAGCCCAGAAGUGCCCCCAAUGCGCAGCUCGCCAACAAUCCCAUCCUGCCUGUGCUGGCAUACUGCGGUUCCUCGAUCAUGAUGACCGUCAUGAACAAAUAUGUCCUCUCCGGCACGGAUUUCAACCUCAAUUUCCUCCUUCUCUGUGUGCAGUCGAUCGUCUGUAUCGUGGCCAUCCAAACAUGCAAGGCUUCCAAACUGAUUACCUAUCGCGACUUCAAUGCCGAUGAGGCCAAGAAGUGGUUCCCCAUUACUUUGCUUCUCAUCGGCAUGAUCUACACCGGCUCCAAGGCGCUGCAGUUUUUGUCAAUUCCCGUGUACACCAUCUUCAAGAACCUGACAAUCAUCCUGAUCGCCUACGGAGAGGUGCUAUGGUUCGGUGGUUCGGUGACUGGCCUGACCUUGUUCUCCUUUGGUCUCAUGGUUCUGAGUUCCAUCAUUGCUGCUUGGGCUGAUAUCAAGCACGCCGUUGAGAGCAGUGGCGAUGCGACUGCCAAGGUUUCGACUCUGAAUGCUGGUUACAUCUGGAUGUUGAUCAACUGCCUUUGCACAUCGUCCUACGUUCUGGGAAUGCGCAAGCGUAUCAAGUUGACCAACUUCAAGGACUUUGACACCAUGUUCUACAACAACCUUUUGUCCAUUCCCGUCCUUCUGGUCCUCACAUUCCUCAUGGAGGACUGGUCGUCCGCCAACAUCACCCGCAACUUCCCUCCCGCUGAUCGGAAUGGUAUCAUGUUCGCCAUGAUUCUGUCGGGUCUGUCAUCGGUCUUCAUCUCGUAUACCUCAGCCUGGUGCGUUCGUGUGACUUCGUCGACGACCUAUUCCAUGGUUGGAGCUUUGAACAAGCUGCCUAUUGCAGUUUCCGGCCUGAUCUUCUUCGAUGCUCCUGUCACGUUCCCCAGCGUUUCGGCUAUUGUCGUUGGGUUCGUCAGUGGAAUCGUCUAUGCCGUUGCUAAGAUCAAGCAAAACGCCAAACCCAAGACUGGUGUCCUCCCGACCUCGAACCCUGUCAGCGCAAGCAGCCAGAGCAUGCGGGAUUCCCUGCGCUCUUGA